AUGCUCGAGAAUCCUGAAGAUUGCAAAAGCAAUGUGAAGGACGAUCUCAAAGGAAGUGACUCUAUUAUCAAAAAUACGGAAAAUGGUGAAAAAACGGAAGGCGAACUCAUGGAAGAUGCUCCGUACACCAUUAAAGUUAUACCAUCACACGCAGAACCCUUCGAGCUGCAAGUUAGCUCUUUUGAACUCGUCCAAGAGAUACACAGAGUUUUAAUGGAUCGUGAGGAGACAUGUAGCUGCACUUGUUUUUCUCUAACGCUGAAUGGUCAAACCCUGGAUAUGUUCGCAGAGUUAAAGGCCGUGGAGGGCCUGUCAGAUGGGGCCGAGAUUCGUGUGGUCGAGGAGCGUUAUAGUGUCCGUGAAGCAAAAAAUCAUGUCAAACAUGUUCACGAUCUCCUGUAUUCCAUCGAACCAUACGAUGCAUAUGCAGGGAGGGAACAGAUGUCUCUUUGCUUCGUAAACGUCAUCACUGGGGAUUUGGUGGAGUUCGACAAGGCUGUUCUCUUCAGCCUUGUCCCAGAGGGUGUUCUGCGAGAUGCUCUGUCCAUUCUAGCAAACGACGGAGUCGAACUCCUCACAGACGUGUUAACUCUAGAAUCAGUACAGUUACCCAUGUGGCGGAGAUGUUUUCCCACCGAAGAGAGAACGCAAUGCAAAUAUCCGGGGCUAUAA